GGUCGUCUCACCAGCAGCCACCAUCCGGUAACGUUAGGUAGUUUAGCGUCAAGCUGGCUAAGAAGCUAACCCACAGAAAUAUCUUGUGUUUUUCGCUUGAAACAUACUGCAGGUAGCAGUCGUCCGAGUGACUAAGUCGAAGGCCUGGUUGAAGAUGCAGUUCAUGCUGCUGUUCAGCCGGCAGGGAAAGCUGCGGUUACAGAAAUGGUAUGUGCCUCUGUCCGACAAGGAGAGGAAGAAGAUCUCCAGAGACCUGGUGCAGACCAUACUGGCCAGGAAGCCCAAGAUGUGCAGUUUCUUGGAAUGGAGGGACCUCAAGAUUGUGUACAAGAGAUAUGCGAGCCUGUAUUUCUGCUGUGCAGUAGAAGAUCAGGAUAAUGAGCUGAUCACCCUGGAGAUCAUCCAUAGAUAUGUGGAGCUGCUGGACAAAUACUUUGGCAGCGUGUGCGAGUUGGAUAUUAUCUUCAACUUCGAGAAGGCCUACUUUAUCCUGGACGAGUUCCUGCUGGGCGGAGAGGCCCAGGAAACAUCCAAGAAGAACGUGUUAAAGGCCAUCGAGCAGGCUGACCUGCUACAGGAGGAGGCUGAGGCGCCACGGAGCGUUUUAGAAGAAAUUGGGCUGACAUAAAUCCUCAUGCUGCUGCCUCGCAGUUCUUUCUCCCAGAUGCAGAUCUGGCAACCUCCAUGUCUCUAUCCCGCCUUCUCCUGUUCAAUGUGUCAGUGUUGUAUGUGUAUAAUCACCAUCUAUGUACUGUAUUAUUCUGUACUGUACUAUCCUGUAAUGUCCUUUGAAUGUGGUGCCAACUGUGGUUUUAAUGUGUCCCCUAUGUACAAGCUCCCUCACUGUAUUUUGCAGUACUAUUGGCAUACUUCACUCCCUUAACUUCUUAAAACUCCACAGAGUACAAUGUAGCGACAAUAUAAAAACUCCAGCAUCACAUCAAUGUCAUCCAUCAUCACCGAAUGCAGAGUUGUGUGCGCUGACUUUUUGGCUUAAAGGACUUUUUAAGGUGCUGUUGUAGCUGCAGUUGGUGCAUCCCGUACAAGUCACAGAGCUAAGUGUCUGAUUUCAUGAAAAAUGAAUACUCUGUGAUCUUUGAAAAAUCCAGGUCGUUCAAUAAAACUUAAAGCUGUUAAGGUAUUUCCUGAAUCCUCAGACUCUCCUACCCUCAUCUGGAUGAUAAAAAGGUUUGUAACUUGUUUCUUAGGUUGACUUUGUCCUAAUCCAGGUAGGCAGAAAUGGCAUAUGUCCUUGCUCUUCUAGCAAAACAGAAAAAUAUUAAAACAUAAUUUGUUUGUAUAUAUAAAAUACAGGAAAUAAUCAUCUAUAUAGUAGUUGAACUGAUAAAAGUUUCAAAUUUGGUUCCCAUACAAAAUGAGCAAGGAGAAGUCAUUUUGUGCUGUGAACUCUCGAUUAGAUAACAGGCACAACUUGGGAAACGGUUUAAAAGUCUUUAUUUUCCGUGGAGCGGAAAUAACUUAUUUUCAUCCAGAUGGUUAGGAGUCUCUUUGAGUGUUACUAAGUGUUUUGUUUAAGAUCAUCAAGUAUUAUUUUUUUCAGAAGACCUGAUGAUUAGUUCUGUGACUCAAAUGUAAUGGUAAUCAUGAGGCACCAACUGGGACUCGUGCUGUUAUGGGAAUCACUGACACCAAUUAAGUGAGAUUUAACAAUUACUUGCAAUUGAUAUCAGUUAUAUCAGUGCUAAAUAGGUUUGUUUGGUGAUUCUCCUCCAGAAUCUUUUUUCAUAUUUCCUUUUCAAGGCUUAUCGUUUACCUUUGGUAAACACAAGCUGUUUUGUGUAAUUAAUGUUCAUGUUUGUUGAAAUUGUCUUCUGUUCUUUAUUUUUCAGACAAUUGACUAAUUUUCCUGACAAAAAAUAUAUAACACUGAAGCUUGUAAUGGCCUCUGAAGAUAGGUCUUAGGUCAGGAUAGGAUAGUGACCUAAAUAAAAGACACACUAUUUUAUGUAUUACAAAACUUUGGCUUACUCUUAAAAACUAACCUAUGACCAAAGAACACUGUGUUUUACCUUCUCAGUGGUGUCUAUGGAAGGCUAACGUGGCAGGAAAGGGAUUUAGAACUGCAGGAUAUUUGACAAAAAGAUUUAUGUGUGGGUUAUUUUACACAACAUACCAGUAUUAUGUAAUUAUUCCAAUGCAUUUUAAGAUUGGUCUAUCCUGAGUUUCUUAAUGGAGUAGGAACAUAAGGAGAUGAAGUGCACAUAUCAGGGUACAUCAUUAAUAUUCAUCACUGUCAGCUUGUUCACUUGUCAGUAGGAUGCAGGAAAACAAGCCAUCAAGUAAUGAAUAGAUACUCAUCCAAACUCUAUGGCAGUCACAUUUUUUAGCUGCAUUCUCAAAACCACAAAGUGUUUCUCUUGAAUUCACAAGUAGUUGUUAAAUGAGUUCAUCAUUUUUUGUAUUAAACACUGCCAACACAUUUGCCAACAUUCUUUUCUUAUAUUUUGAAGUUAUUAAAAAUAAAUGUAUUCAGAAAGAAA